UUUGGAAGAAAAAACCAUGGAGGAGGAGGAGGAGGAAGCAGCCUGCUCGGGCCAAUGAAUAAAUAAUGGUACCGAAAAAGGAGACAAGAGAAAGGGAAGGAGAAACUGAAGAUGUGAAAGAGAAAAGUGAGUUGACCAUAGACAGGAGAAACAAAAGAGGCAAGGAAUGGGAUAGGCAUCCACAAAUGGGAUUAUUGAUUCUGAGGAAGAAGGAAAAUCCGUGACACGGAUAUCAGGGGGAAAAAGAGAGACGGAGGGGGAAGUUAGGAGCAACCAACAAUUUGGGAAUCUACAAGGAGAGCAUUGAGUGGUGAAGGCCUCUCGUGUGGAAGGUACCCAAGAGACCAGGAGGGAACGUUGCGUGUGAUGAAUAGAAGGCGGAGAGUGACAUGAGGGACAAAGGCCGCGCAUCAGAAGAGGAAGAGGAGAUGGAGGAAGAGGAGGAGAGCGACAGCAGCGAGAAGAAGAAGAAGAAGCAGAAGAAGAAGAAGAAGAAAGCGUGCAGCGACAGCGAUGAAUCCGACGGCAGCCGGAAAAAGCGGAAGAAGAAGGACAAGAAAUCCAAGUCCAACGACAAGAAGAAAAAGAAGGAAGAGGAGAACUUUGCAGAGAUGUACGAAAAGGAGCUUAAAGAGUAUUGCUCGGAAGAUUGCCUUGAAACGGAAGACGAAUAUAACAAGAAAAAAGUCUACGAAGUUGUCACAGUCACGGGCGACGUCCGAGGCGCUGGGUCAGAUGCCAAGAUCUUUGUGACGCUCUUUGGAGAAUUUGGCAUCACACCGAAGGCCCACCUGACUAGCAAGAGCGAGAGUGCAUUUGAGAGGAGCAAAACAGAUGUUUUUCGAGUCAGAACCAACAACGUUGGAACAAUAAGGAAGAUAAGAAUCGAGCACGACAACACGAGCAUGAACCCCAGCUGGUUUUUGGACCGGGUGAUCGUCACCGACAUGAACAGGCCACACCUCCGCUUUUAUUUCCCGUGCAACAAUUGGCUCAGCAAAGAUGACGGCGACGGGCUGAACGUGAGAGAUCUGCUUGGCACCCUUAAUCCAAUGGACGUUCCUAAAGGAAAUAAAUAUGUUGUCAGAGUGUUCACAGCUGAUAUAAAUGGCAGUGGAACAGAUGCCGAUGUUUUCAUUAACAUUUUUGGCCAGCACGGAGACACAGGAGAGAGAAAGCUGGACAACGACAACGACAACUUUGAGAGAGGUCAAGAAGACAAGUUCACCCUGGACGCUCCUAACGUGGGGAAGCUCCGGAAGAUCAACAUCGGCCACAACAACAAGGGGGGCUCUGCGGGUUGGUUCCUAGACAAGGUCCUCAUCGAAGACAUAGGCAACAAAGCCAAUUAUGAAUUCCCGUGCCACCGUUGGCUCGCGAGGAAUGAAGAUGACGGCAAAAUUCAGCGGGAUAUCCUGGUGGGAGGCGCGGAGGCUACGGGUAUGGUUUAUAAAACUGCCGUUAUGACUGGGGAUGUCCGAGGGGCCGGAACCAACUCCAAGAUCCACAUCGUCAUGCAUGGCUCCAAAGGGUUGAGAAACAGUGGGAAGGUUUUCCUGGAGGGAGGCGAGUUCGAACGAGCCAGGACGGACCUCUUCAACAUUGAAAUCGCUGCUUUUCUCAGCCCCUUGAGCCGCGUCUCCAUCGGACACGACAACUGCGGGGUCAGCUCUGGCUGGCAUUGUGAGAAGGUGACGGUGUAUUGCCCAUUUACUGGUAUCGAACAGACAUUUCCUUGUGGGAAGUGGCUGGAUGAAGAUGAAGGUGAUGGUCUGGUGGAACGGGAGCUCUAUGAAAUGCUCUCCCUGCGCAAGAAGAGACUGAAAAAAUUUCCGUGGUCAAUGUGGCUCUGGACAAGUGACAUGAGGGGAGCUGGGACAGAUGCCGCCAUCUACUUCCAGCUUUUUGGGGACAAAGGAAAGUCGGACGAAAUGAAGCUGGACAGUAACUCCGAUAACUUUGAAGCUGGACAAUUAGACAAGUUCAUGUUGGAGCUCCCAGAUCUGGGCACCUAUUAUAAGCUCCGAAUAUGGCAUGAGAAACGGACCCCAUUUGCUGGCUGGCAUCUGCAAAAGGUAACCCUCUUGAAGACACUAACCAAAGAGAAAUACACCUUUAGGUGUAAUCGCUGGCUGGAUAGCAAUGAAGACGACAGGGAAAUCGUGAGGGAACUCUCAGCUGAGGGACCGCUGGUGGCUGAGGUCAUACCAGUGAUAAAGUAUCGGGUGACCGUGGUGACCGGUUCAGUGCCCGGAAGCGGGACAGAUGCCAAAGUCUUUGCUUCUCUCAUCGGCGAACAAGGAGAUACUGGGGACCGCAUGCUUGUGAAUAGUUUGACUACUACUAAUAAAUUUGAGAAGGGCAGUGUCGACGAGUUCAUCGUUGAAGCGGUCAACCUGAAGCAGGUGAGAAGGGUGAGAAUAGGGCAUUUCGGCAGAGGAGGAAGCUGUGGCUGGUACCUUGGGAAAGUGAUAGUGAGGCAAGAUGGACAGCCAGAGAGUGAGGCUGUGGAGUUUCCCUGCUUCAGAUGGUUUGACAAAAACGAGGAUGAUGGCCUGAUUAUUCGGGAGUUAGUGCCGGAAGGGAGAUCGUAUAUUCUGGAAAAUGUCGGCUACCACAUCAGCAUAAAGACUGGAGAUGUCCCUGGAGCCAGCUCAGAUUCCAAAGUGUUGAUCAAGAUGUACGGAGAAAAAGGAGACACGAAAAAAGAGUUUCUCUUGAUUUCCGAUAAUGACUUAGAUGAUCAAUUUGAACGUGGCCGGACUGACAUCUUUACUCUAGACACAAGGGACAUUGGAAAGAUCAAACGGCUCCUGAUUGGCCAUGACAACAUUGGGCUCCAGGCCGGCUGGCACCUUGGCAGUGUCCAGGUUAACAUUCCCGUCCAUGGCCUGCAGUAUAACUUCCCCUGCAACCGGUGGCUGGACGAAGGUGAAGCCGAUGGGAAGGUGGAGAUAGAGGUCUACCCGAGCGAGAUUGUGCCGAUCGAGAUACGUGAUGUGCCCCUCGUCAGUGGCCCCGGUCUUUGGGGCCCGCACUGCCAGCUGCCGCAACCACAGGGUGGCCGCCAAGGGAGGAGGGAGGAGGACCCUCCUCCCGCUCACCUGAGGCUUGCCUACACGAGGCUGGGGUCGACAGCCCCGCGGUUUUCCCCCGUGAUUGAGGCUGUUCCCGGCCUCGUUUGCGGCCCGGCUGCCGGCCGCCGGCUGAUUCUCCAGCCGCAGCUGCGUUGCGGUCCCGCCGGCCGUUGCCGGCUCAACAAGCCGCAGCUGCGGCGUACCGGGGCCGCCUCCCGCCCGGCCUGCCUCCUCGCCGGCGCUCUCCUCUACGAGCCAGCCGCUGCUGGGUCCCGCCGCCGGCCUCCCGCCGGCCCCGCCUCCCGGCUGGGCGAGUCCAGGCUGGAGGACAUUGGAGACAUCACUGAAAAGAUUCGUAUUGGGCAUGAUAAUUCGGGGAUCAAUCCGGGGUGGCAUCUGGAUAGAGUAGAAGUCCGCAGGCUUCUACCCAAUGGAAAGGGUUCUGAAAAACACACCUUUCCAUGCGACAGAUGGUUGUCCUCAUCUGACGAGGAUGGUGAGAUCUUGAGGGAACUGGUCCCGUCCGAAAUCUUUACCGAGAAACUCCUGAAAGACGGGACGCUCAAGCGGAUCAAUGAAGAAGUGGAAGACGCCCUGGAACUUUGUACAUACAAUAUUAUCGUUUACACGGGAGAUAUUUUUGGUUGCGGAACGGAUGCCAAUGUGUUCUUGACCAUUUACGGAGACCUGGGAGACACAGGCGAGAGACAACUGAGCAGCUCUUCUAACUACAUGAACAAGUUUGAAAGAGCACACGAAGACAUGUUCAAACUGCAGGCCGUGGACCUCGGUACGGUGUUCAAGAUCCUGAUUCGCCACGACAACAGCAUGCCGCGCCCCGACUGGUACCUGGACAGGGUCGAGGUCGUGAACGAGAACACCGAUGACUACUUUCUGUUUAUGUGCGAGCGCUGGCUGUCGACGAAGAAAGAGGAUGGCAAGAUUGAGCGGAUCCUUUAUGAAAAAUGCUAUGAUCGUAAUCAGAAGAGCAUCGAAAAUGCAUCCCUCAAGGACAGUAAUGCAAAUGUGAAAGACAAGAAAUCUGACGAAGUGGAGGAACCUCCUGUACAAGGAAUAAUGAUUCCUUAUCAUGUAAUCAUCACCACCGGCAGCGAGGUGGGUUCCGACACCGACAGCCGAGUGUACAUUAUCAUUUCGGGGCCCGGAAAGCUUCGGACCCACCGUCUGUGGCUGGAUCUCCCCGAUGGUCAGACUGAAUUCGCGGAUGCAUCCGUGGAGAAAUUCUCUGUUUUGGGCUUGGAUGUGGAAGAUGUGAAGAAAGUGGAGGUGGGCCAUGACGGAGCAACGCCAGAAAGCUCCUGGCUCCUGGAUGAAAUGACGAUCAUUGUCCCGACCAAAGGCGUCAUGUACACUUUUGUCUGUAAAUGCUGGCUGGCCAGGGACAUGGGAGAUGGACUUACCUCACGAAUCUACGACAUCUUGGAUGCCGAAUGUGUGUUCGUUGGCCUGAAGAUUCUCUACGAAAUUACCGUUGUGACCGGAGAUGUCCCAGGUGGUGGUACAGAUGCCAGUAUUUACAUCAUGCUCUUUGGAUGCAACGGGAACACUGAAGAGAUGCAGCUGGAAAAAGAUGGAGACAGAUUCGAAGUUGGCCAAACGGAUAUUUUCAUCAUGGAGAUUCCGGAUAUCGCACCAUUAAGGAAGAUGAGGGUUCGGACAGACGGCGAAGGAUGUCGUCCCGAUUGGUUUCUAGAACAGAUCGUCAUGAAAAACCUGACCACCCAAGAAGUGACCACUUUCACCUACAGCGAGUGGCUGUCCACGGAGCUGGGCGAGAACCGCACUUUGGAAUGGGAGAUGCCGGCGGUGAUCAACGGGGAGCAGAUGAUGAAGUAUACCAAUUACACCGUUCAGGUGAAAACCAGUGACGCGAAACGUGCUGGAACGGAUGCCAAUCUGUUCAUCAGUAUCUUUGGAGAGAGUGGAGAUACGGGAACUCUGGCCCUGAAGAAGUCCAAUCAGUCCAACAAAUUUGAGAGGGAUCAGAUGGACGUUUUUGUUUACACGGAUAUCCUCAGUCUCGGCGACCUCUGCAAGGUGCGCAUCUGGCACGACAACAAAGGAUUUGCACCUGGCUGGCACCUGGAAUACGUGGAAGUAGAAGACUCCCUCAUGGAUAAGUCCUUCCGUUUCCAGUGCGACCGUUGGCUGGCGAAGGACGAAGAUGACGGGCAGACCAUCCGAGAAUUGGCUUGUGCCAAUAACGACAUUCUGGAACUGAAGGAGCGCACCACGUACAAUGUCUUGACAAUAACGAGUGAUCUGGAGGAUGCAGAAACCAAGGAGAACGUCUGGAUUAUUCUCGAGGGCAAGAAGGGACGUUCCAAAGAGUUCCUCUUGGAGAACUCAACCAAAAAAAGGAGAUUUUUAAGAGGAGCAAAAGACGAAUUCCAGUUCUCUUCGAAGAACGUUGGCGACGUUGCAGCCAUCUGUGUCGGCCACUGCCCAAAAGACGGCAAAAAAUCAAAGUCGAGCGUCAAGACCGAGGUCUACUGGCACUUCCAAGAAAUUAUGAUCACAGAGACUGAACUUUCCAACCAGUAUUUCUUCAGGUGCAACGCAAAAAUCCCGCUCCGCAGCAAGAGAGAUGACUACAAAGUCGUCGAGUGUACCAAGGUGAUCGAGAGCUUCGCCAGCAGAGCCCGGAGUCUGGUGCCCGUCAAAUACGAGGUCAUCGUGGUGACGGGUUUUGAGAAAGGCGCUGGUACAGACGCCAACGUCUUCAUCACCAUCUUCGGAGCCAACGGGGACUCGGGGAAGCGGGCCCUCAAGCAGAAACACCGCAACCUCUUCGAGCGAGGGAGAGAUGACCGGUUUUUCCUGGAAAUCCUGGAACUCGGGGAGCUGAGAAAAGUUCGGAUCGAACAUGACAAUACGGGCAUCUCCCCCGGGUGGCUGGUGGAGCGGGUUGAGAUCACAAACUCAGCGACUGGUGUGACCACAAACUUCCCGUGUGGGAAAUGGCUGGAUGAGAAUAGAGGGGACGGGCAGCUGUGGAGGGCUGUCUUCCCACGGAACUGAUGAGAACAUCUGCAAUGUUAAAUAAACUCUUGUUUUUGCCGUGCUUAAGCCUGCAAUGGGGGAAAUUACAAAUUUGAGCUGGGUUCACCGAAGGGGUCCAAGUCAUUACUAAUAACUGGAGUGGAAACUGUUGCCUUAUUGAUCACGAUCGAGAAAAGCAUCUAUCCCUAAGUAAGUUCGAGAAGCUGACCAUAAUUCUAUGUUUGAACCAAACAUAAACAGACAGUUUUACAUCAACCGCCCUAUCAGUCUCCUAUCUGUUAUCGGGAAGAUCUGCGCAACGCUCCUUUUACGGAAACUCCAGAAACGGGCUCAACUAAUACGAACCAUCGGAUUCGAACAAAUUGGUUUUACCAAAGGGGAAUCCCCGCUCGAUCAUGCGAUAGUUCUAGCCCACCUAGCAGCCAAAUACGCAAGCAGGCCACACUGCAAACUCUAUGCCGCCUUCAUUGAUUUGAAGGCAGCUUUCGACACAGUUCCCAGAGAACUUCUCUGGGCCAAGCUUGCUGCUCUUGGUAUUGAGGAUAGACUUCUCUUCCUCAUAAGGCAAAUCUAUUCGGGCACCAGCUGUCGUAUUAAGUGCUCUCAGGAAGGCCUUCUUACUGACCCCAUAGAGGCUAACAAAGGAGUUUUACAUCAACCAAGUAAAUUUACACGUAACCAAUAGAAUUCAUACUGUAAAGCCUCGUCAAAUUACAGCAGAAUAUGGCAGCCAAUCAGUGUCAAGUAUUUCCUCACCGUUCAAGU